UGAACAGACAUUUGUUCAUAUUUAAAAGUAACACUUUGCAGCUUGAAAACUUCAAAUGCAACCAGUGACCAAGAAAGUUAUUAAUCCUCCUCCUUUUCUUCCCUCCCUCCUUCUUUCCUCUGCUCAUUUCCUCACACCAUCCCACUCUUUCCUUUUGUCUGUCUCCACCAUCUGUGUUUCGCAGGUGGUUCUUGACCACAUGAGAAGGAAAUGCAAGUGCCACGGGACGUCGGGCAGCUGCCAGCUGAAGACCUGCUGGCAAGUCACCCCCGAAUUCCGUGUCGUGGGCUCAAUCCUCAAAGAGCGCUUCCACAUCGCCACACUUAUCAAAGCUCACAACCGGAACACCGGACAGCUCGACCAUUCCCACCACAACAACCACCACAACCAUCACAGCCACCACCACCACCACCACCACCACCACCAUCAUCAGAACAACCACCAUCACCACCACCACACACACCGGCGGCGGCCAAGCAUCAACGAGCUGGUCUACUUUGAAAAGUCUCCAGACUUCUGCGAACGGGACCUGGGGUCGGACUCGGCCGGCACACAGGGCCGCAUCUGCAACAAGACCAGCCCUGGCAUGGACAACUGUGAGAGUCUGUGCUGUGGCAGAGGACACAACAUCCUGCAGCAGACGCGGAGUGAACGCUGCAACUGCAAGUUCCACUGGUGCUGCUAUGUGGUCUGCGAAGAGUGCCGGAUAACAGAGUGGGUCAGUGUCUGUAAAUGAAGAAACACACGUCAAAAAGACUACAUCAAGAAAACAAAGACAAAGAGACGUUAGACAUCACAGACUAUUCAUUCGAAAGGGGAAUAUGACUAUGAUAAUAAUAUGUACCCCCGUUCAUUUUUUUGCGGUGGACUGCUGUUUUCCUAAAGAGCGAGGACAGUUUGUGUGUGUGUGUGUGUGUGUGCGUGUGUGUGAAGCAGCUGAGCCAGCAGAGAGACGUGCAUCUCGGUAAAGAGUGUGCACAGUAUGCAGCAUUUUGGUCGAAAGCUGCCACAACUCAGAGAGACUGCAUGUUUGCUGCUGUUCUCCUGAGAUUAAGGAACAUAGUCAUAUCAGAUAAAUAUCUGACAAACGCCAAACAUAAGAUCCGAGCUCUGGGAAGAACAAACUGCUGCUGUUUCAUCGACGCAUGUUGACCGACAUUCAGCUGCGUGAGGGUACAAGUGAGAGAAGAGGAAGUCGGGAGGGCGAGGAGUAGAUUGCAUGCAUAAAGAAAACAAUAAUAAUGCUUCAUAGCACCAGGGAUAUAUAAGGUGGGAAGACUGUAUCCUAUGACACUUAAAUAAUAAUGAUGUUUUUAACCAGAUCACAAUUUAUGCAGUAGUUCUUUAUGGCAACGUACAGCAUAAACACAGUCAUGUCACAUGACAUGUGCCGUCUCUAUCUGUUACAUACAGGGACAAGUGUAGUCCGUCCUUUUCACACAUCAGGAUUCACAAUGCACGGGAUUGUGAUGGAGCACCAGCACAUUUGGAGCACUUAAGAAUUUCCUGCCUGUUACUUUGUUAAGCAGGUGUCACGUUAGUGAUAGUUUGGCUCAGGAUAGCGAUAAUUCCAAAAAAAUCAGUGGCAUCGCUUUAUAAUAAUGUUCAAAUCGUGGCUCAGGGCAUUCCAGCUGUUUGUGGAGUUCGAUUUUUAAGAAGCGGACAACACUUGAUGAGUUGAGCAAACAAAAAUGAACCACAAACUCAAAACAGCAAGUAAAAUAUCAGUUUAAUCAUUCAAAAAUAUUAUAUUUUAUUUGUUUGAAAAUAGGCUUUAUGUUUGCGUCGAAGUUUGUUGUUCCCCAAGUUUUCCCAAAGAACAAAUCAGGGAGUGCAAACAAAAGGAAAGUGUAUUUUCAAACAAAUAGAAU